AUGGACUGCAGAAUCACCAGGAAAAAUAGCAGGAAGCGGUUUCCCCAUCUGUUCUCCAAACUUAUCCCUCGACACCGUAAACUGAAGAAGAGACGCCAAUCCAAACAGCGAUUCAGAGAAGGCAUUCACAUACGUGCUAUGAAGGCCAAAAGGAAAGUGGAGGAGGUUUCCAAAGAAGAUGUCCAGGCCUUCCUCAAGAAGAAUGCUUUUGUGCUCUUUACAGUGGGAGCAGUUAUCGUAGGUGUUAUUCUUGGAUUCGCGCUGCGACCAUAUAAAAUGACAUAUCGUGAAGUGAAGUACUUUUCAUUUCCUGGAGAGGUGCUGAUGAGAAUGCUUCAAAUGCUUGUCCUGCCUCUACUGGUCUCCAGUUUAAUAACAGGGAUGGCAGCUUUGGACAGCAAAGCAUCAGGGAAGAUGGGCAUGAGAGCUGUGAUUUACUAUAUGACCACAACCAUUAUCGCAGUGUUCAUAGGAAUAAUAAUCGUGCUCAUCAUACACCCGGGAAAAGGGUCAAAAGAGGAGUUUGGAAAGCAGCAGACCAUAGAGCAAAUCAGUCCAGCUGAUGCCUUUUUAGAUCUGAUCAGAAAUAUGUUUCCUCCAAACCUGGUCCAGGCCUGCACACAGCAGUUCAAGACAAAAUAUGGACGUCGGGCAGUCCAUGUGACCGUGACAAUAAACGAUACUCUCUUCAACUCAACUAAUGGUACUCAGGAGGUAAUGGAGCUCAUAAGGGAGGAAGUGAUUCCGAUACCGGGUCAGGUCAAUGGAGUCAAUGCCCUUGGGUUGGUGGUCUUCUCCAUGUGCUUUGGUCUAAUAAUUGGCAACAUGAAAGAGCAAGGCCAGCUCCUUAGAGAAUUCUUCGACAGCCUCAAUGAAGCCAUCAUGCGACUGGUUGCUAUCAUCAUGUAUGCUCCUAUUGGAAUCCUGUUCCUAAUUGCCGGAAAGAUUGUAGAGAUGGAUGAUCUGACACAAAUGGGUGGCCAACUGGGCAUGUAUACCAUCACAGUCAUCAUUGGCUUGCUGAUUCACGGCGUUCUUAUUCUGCCCACUCUUUAUUUUGUGAUCACUCGACAGAACCCCUUUAUCUUCAUUGCUGGACUCCUGCAAGCUUUAGUAACAGCAUUGGGAACCUCCUCCAGCUCUGCAACACUCCCAGUCACAUUUAAAUGUCUUGAGGAGAACAACAGAAUUGACAAGCGAAUCACACGCUUUGUGCUGCCGGUGGGUGCCACCAUUAAUAUGGAUGGAACAGCUCUGUAUGAGGCACUGGCAGCCAUUUUCAUCGCUCAGGUCAACAAUAUGGAAAUGAACUUUGGCCAGAUCAUUACCAUCAGCAUCACAGCAACUGCGGCCAGUAUCGGAGCGGCUGGUAUCCCUCAAGCUGGCUUGGUCACCAUGGUGAUAGUGCUAACCUCCGUUGGACUUCCUACUGAUGACAUCACUCUCAUCAUUGCGGUUGACUGGUUCCUGGACCGUUUGCGUACAACCACCAAUGUUCUGGGAGAUUCAAUUGGUGCUGGUAUAGUGGAGUUCCUGUCUCGACAUGAGCUUCGCAGCAGAGACGUGGAGAUGGGGAAUUCUGUGCUAGAGGAGAAGGAGAGGAAGAAACCUUACCAUCUCAUCUCCCAGGACAGCGAUUUUGAAAAUGACAAACGCAGGCACAGUGAAUCAAAAAUGUAGCUUAGCCCCCAACUUCUCUGAAAUCUGUUAGCAUACAAAUCCUGUUUAUUUGUUCUGGUAAUGGGAGUUAUUGCAAUAUGUUGUCAACCAUAGUACUUUUGUCAUAUUUCACCUUGGCUUGUUAACAUUCCUUUACUGUCAAAUCAUGGAGGGGAUACAAUACCUAUUUUUUUGUUUUUGAUUCUUCAAAUCCAUUACAAUACACAUCUCAAUGUGUAUUUAAAGCAGGAUUGGAAGGUUCUGUUUUUUUGUGUUUACCAUAUUAAUGAAUAAUAAUAUAUACACAUUUAACUGAAGUAAAUAAUGUGUUUCGGUGCAUGUUAUAUGAAGGAUUAAGGUCUUUCAUGGCAAAGAUGUUUUGAAUAGGAAGAGUUUGUUGGCUGCACAGCACAAAUAGAAGACAAAAUUGCAUAAAAACAUUGAGACUGUCAUUUUUCAUUCGUCAUCAGGAGAUUAACUAUUCUUAAUUUCAUAUUUUCAUCAGUAAAUUCUGUAUCUAUCUGUCAUUUAAAAAGCCAUAACAUUAAUUCACAGUUAGUAUUGGACAUUGGUGAUUUUUCAUAAAAAGUUCAAACAGAUUUAGACUCCCUUUCACACACUUAGAAAUAAAUAAUAUGUGUGUAUGUUGAAACCUUUUUUUAAACCAACAGCUGAUAACUGUUGAUAGAAGUGAAAAUUGAGAGAAAAUCAUGAAUAUUAGUCUAAUUUCAGCUUGGAUAUUUGUGAAUGUGUUGAAUUAGUUUUGGUUUAUUCUAUCUUCAAUUAAAUAAACAGAGUGAAGC